AUGGAGGAACCUCAUACUAGCACAGAGCAGCCAGAGGGUACUGAGCUACAUCAGCACCAGUCUCAUGAAGAUACGGAGAUGGAAGAUGAACCUGAACUAGUCGCGGAAGAGGAGAUGGACGAUGGUGACUCCAGACUCCAGGCUGAUAUACAUGCACAGGUCGAUGGGGAUAACUCCCAGGCGCACCAGUCUCCUCCAGGUACUAGACCAGAGCAUCCACAGACUACUGGAGAAGCCCCAUCAUCGGCGCCGCCAUCAUCAACAUCACAUCCGCCAGCAAAUGGCGGCACUGCCGGAACCCAGUUCCAACUGCCACCUGUAGAGAACUGGCGGCCCUAUGUCAACCCUCCAAAUCUGGGCCGGGUCAGACAGCUGCUAUUCGAGGUCAAGGAACCAGUCGAACUUAGCCUCGAGGAAUUCACUAUGUACUGGCCAUUUAUAGAUAAUAUCUGGGUUAAACAGCGGUCCACAUCUACCAAAGAUGGCCUGCAUAUAACGGAUUACUACAUGUGCCGCCUGCGCCGACCAACUUGCAAGCGGCCACCUCAGCGCCCGCUGCCAGACGGCAAACGGCCCAGGAACAAGGUCGUCCGCGAGGGAGGAACUUGCAACUUUCAAAUCCGAGUAGUCAGGUUUGAAGGAGCCCAUACUACAAUCACCAUAUCCCGCAGCCCUAAUAGUAGCAGUGCCCAUUCACAUGAUUUGGACUACAUUGACAAGGUCAAGAAGAACUCUGGUGUGAUGGAGUACGUCCGCCAGGAGGCUGCCCAGGGCUACCUUCCGGCAUCUAUAUUUGCAAAGAUAAGAGAGGACCCUCAACAACUCGAAGCUGCUGGUGGAAAGCAUCUGACUACGAUUGAUGUUCGAAAUGUAUCCGGAAAGUGGAGAUCGAACCAUCCAGGCCUCACCCUUCGGCCGCAUGAAGGCUAUGCCUACCAGAAUGGACUGGGCGUCUAUAAGGUACAGGACGGACAGCACAUAAACCGUCCACCAGCCAUAAUCGCCCAUCCCAGAGCGAUGAAUCUACCUGCCAACGUCCUCCCGUUUCCAACUUUCCCUCUGGAUUUCUUGGAGCCGUAUCUACCAAAGAUAGGGGAAGAUCAUAACUAUGGCAAUGCCAACCCCAACAGCGGAGAGACCAAGUUUCCGCAUGUUACCCUUACUUACGCACAGUCUAUGGAUGGUAAAAUUUCCAGCAAGCCAGGUGUCCAAACUGUACUCUCUGGUCCAGAAUCCAAGGCAAUGACGCAUUAUUUGAGAUCCCGUCAUGACGCUAUAAUAAUUGGACUUGGAACUGCUUUGGCUGAUGACCCAGGCUUAAACUGUCGAUUAGAAGGUGCUGGAGGCUUCGGUGGCUUUGGGACCAUGUGGCAACCCCGGCCUGUUAUAAUUGAUCCCACAGGGCGAUGGUCUGCAUCAGCCGAGAGUAGGCUGCUGAAGACCGCAGCGGAAGGAAAAGGCAAAGCUCCCUGGGUCAUCGUCUCUCCUGGUGCAGAACUCCUUCCGGACAAGCUUAUGCUGUUGAAACGUCACGGCGGUGAUUACCUGCGGAUCAGGGAAUAUAAUCCACACUGGCGACUGAGAUGGGAAGCCAUAUUCGGUGCACUAGCAAAUCAGGGUAUCCGCAGCGUCAUGAUCGAAGGAGGAGGUGUUGUCCUCAGCGAACUCCUUAAUCCGGAAUAUGUUGACUUCGUUGACUCUGUCAUUGUCACCGUUGCACCAACUUACGUUGGUCGUAACGGUGUGUCUGCAUCGCCGGACUCCAAGCAGGACGAACUAGGCAACCCAAUAAAUGCCCUAACGCCUCACAACAUCAAAUGGCAGCCUUUGGGUAAGGAUGUCAUCAUGUGUGGGAAGAUAAAGAUCGCACCACCUCCUCCACCUCCACCUCCAAUUCUUCUUGGCUUAGAAGCUGCUGCUCGUGCGGAUGAAUCCUGA